AUGUCAACUUCACGAAGAACCGUUUCACAACUCUUUGACAUACCAGAAACUUCAUACAUACAAAAUGAUGAAAUUAGUAUUGGAAAUGAAAUAGCACAUGGAAAAUUUGGAACUGUUUUUGUUGCUGAAGUUAAAAAAGAGUUUGACAUUCCUCGUGUAUCUCUUAGACCUUCUCUUCAACCACCACUUCGUCAGUCACUUUCAGUAAUUCAAGCACCACCACAACGACAACGUUCAAGACCAUCAAAUACUGUUUAUUUAUUUGAGAAAAGUAAAAUUGAAUCAGAAGGGUUUGAUGUUCCAUUAUCACGACAAAGUAUUGUAGCAAUGGAACGACAAAAUGGAGUACAACGAAAAAGAAGUCAACCAUUAAGCCCAAUUAAUACUGUAAGAACAUAUAACCAAAAAUUAUCUGUUUCUACGAAACCAGAAAAAGUUGCAAUGAAAACUCAAAUAAUUAAAAAACCUCGAGAUUUUCAAGAAACGUCAUAUGCUGAAUGUAGAAUAUUUAAAGCUUUAGCAAAAUUAAUGACAAAACGAUAUUGUAAUAAUUUUAUUUAUAUGUACCAAUGGUUUAAAUCAUUUGUAAAUGAAUCUGAACGUCAAGGAGAUUCAGAACAAAAAAUUUCAUUUAUUAUGGAAUAUGCGGAAAUGACAUUUGCGAAAAGAAAAUCAAUAUCAAAACGAGAAUUAUUUGAAAUGCAAGAAGUUAAAGAAAUAAUUUUUCAAGUUAUUUGGGCUUUAAUGAUUGGACAAAAAGAAUUAUCUUUCAUGCAUAAUGACUUACAUGCAAAUAAUAUAAUGAUAAACAAAGCAAAGAAAGAUCAUUAUUAUUUUAAUCCAUUUGAUAAUAGUGCAUGGAAAACCUCAAUUGCUGUAGUAAAAAUAUGUGAUUUUGGCUCUUCAAGAAUACAGGUUGAUGGAGAAAUAAUAGGAAAAGGUCAAGAAUUAUUUGAUGAAUAUGUUGAUCGUCUAAAAUUUUGUGAAUCAUUACAAGGAUUUAAUUACAUUCAAUCAAAAACUCUUAAUGAAGAUAAAAAAUUAUUAACAGAUUUUAAAAAAUAUUUAAAAAAUAUAAAAGGUACUUAUUGGGGAUUAGGUGAUUUACUUUACCAUCCUUUCUUUGAUUCUUUACGUGUUCAACCAAAAUUCACAAAAAGUAUGUCAGUAUAUAGCUAUAAAUUUGAACAUCCUUUAUGUCCUAAAACUGAUCUUCAAACCUCCAUUUUGUAA